ACGAUCUUUCAAGUUGCCCUUCUCAAUUGGUUCUAUUACUCUUAAGAUCAUAGCCAUGCAGUCAACUAUUGUCAAGCUUCUCGCAUUUGCGGGAUGCGUUAACGCACACGGCUACAUGACUUCUCCAAUGAGCAGGACUGGUCUCAAUGCUCAGAGUGGCAAAGAUACUUGCCCAGAGUGCACUAUCCUUGAGCCAGUCACAGCAUGGCCGGAUCUCGACGCUGCCAAGGUCGGCCGAUCAGGGCCUUGUGGCUACAAUGCUCGAGUCAGUGUCGACUACAACCAGCCUGGCGCAAGUUGGGGCAAAGAACCCGUCGUAACCUACAAGCCCGGAGAUACCAUUGAUGUUCAGUGGUGUGUUGAUAACAACGGUGAUCACGGAGGCAUGUUCACCUACCGCAUCUGCCAGGACCAAGCACUUGUCAACAAGUUCCUUGAUCCAAACUACCUCCCCACUGAGGCAGAAAAGCAAGCAGCCGAGGAUUGCUUCACCAAAGGCACUCUUCCUUGCACCGAUGUCAGUGGACAGACAUGCGAUUAUAAUGCGGACUGUUCUUCCGGGCAAGCAUGCUGGCGCAACGACUGGUUCUCCUGCAAAGGCUUCCAAGACACCAAAUGCAGGGGUGUCGACAAUGCACCCUUGAACUCCUGCUAUACUUCCAUCGCAGGAGGCUACACGGUGACCAAGAAGAUCAAGAUCCCCAACUACAUCUCGAACCACACCUUGCUUUCCUUCAAGUGGAACUCCUUCCAGACACCUCAGGUCUACCUCAGCUGUGCAGACAUUGCUAUCGCGGGAUCGGGAACUGGCACAACACCACCAAAGUCCACCACAACCACUAAUGCGCCUACUGCUACGAGCACCGGAAGCUGUUCGGCACCAGCCUCUCAAGUCUCCAUCACCUUCACUGAGAAGGUCAAGACACAGGUUGGGCAGACAAUCAAGAUCGUCGGAUCUAUCGCUGCCCUAGGAAACUGGGACACUUCCAAGGCGAUAGCACUUGAUGCCUCCAAGUACACUGAUGCCAACCCUCAGUGGUCUGGUGCUAUUAACAUCCCUGCUAAGACGAGCUUUGAGUAUAAGUUCAUCAGGGUGGAGAGCAAUGGUGCUGUUACAUGGGAGUCUGGAGACAACCGCAAAUAUACUGUCGGAGAUGGCUGCCAGGCUGCUGCGACAGUCAGCUCUGAGUGGAAAUGA